AUGUACUAUCGCUUUCUGUCUUUGGGUUGAAGGCGGAGCAAUCUCCAAUGCUAGCUAACUGCGCUAUUUUGUUAUGCCAACAUCAAUGUAUUUGUUGAAUACACCGCACAGUUAAACCAAGUGUGCAUUUCGUCACACAUCCAUCUUCGAAACUAUUGAAGAAAUAAAACUGGACGGAUAAUAGAAGUGUGAGAUGAAAUGACAACGUCAACAUUGCAGAAAGCGAUUGAUCUUGUGACCAAAGCCACAGAGGAAGACAAGGCUAAGAAUUAUGAGGAGGCAUUGCGUCUUUACCAACAUGCUGUGGAAUAUUUUCUUCAUGCCAUUAAAUAUGAGGCCCACAGUGACAAGGCGAAGGAAAGCAUUCGAGCCAAGUGUAUGCAGUAUUUGGACAGAGCAGAGAAACUUAAGGAUUACCUGAAGAAUAAAGACCGACAAGGCAAGCGGCCUGUGAAGGAGUCACAGGAUAAUGACAAGAGUGACAGUGACAGUGAAGGAGAAAACCCGGAGAGGAAGAAGCUUCAGGAGCAACUUAUGGGUGCGAUAGUUAUGGAGAAACCCAACGUGAGGUGGAAUGAUGUGGCUGGACUGGAGGGAGCCAAGGAAGCUCUCAAAGAGGCUGUCAUUCUUCCCAUCAAAUUCCCUCACCUCUUUACAGGUAAGCGGACGCCAUGGAGGGGCAUCCUGCUGUUUGGUCCACCAGGAACAGGGAAGUCAUACCUGGCCAAGGCUGUGGCCACUGAGGCCAACAAUUCCACCUUCUUCUCCGUCUCCUCCUCAGACCUCAUGUCUAAGUGGCUAGGAGAGAGUGAAAAACUUGUCAAGAACCUGUUUGAUUUGGCCCGCCAGCACAAACCCUCCAUCAUUUUCAUCGAUGAGGUGGACUCCCUGUGUGGCUCCAGGAAUGAGAACGAGAGUGAAGCUGCCCGCCGCAUUAAGACAGAGUUCCUGGUCCAGAUGCAGGGGAUGAAAAGAAGGUGCGGAGAGAGACGAAAAUAACGAGACAAAAGAAAGUCACCCCAAAGUUAAGACAAAGAGCUAUGACGAAGCGUAUGUAGCGAUUGGCUUCACUGUGACAACACUGGGAGACGGACGAGUCAAAAAAUGCCGGCUGAGGCCAGCAAGAAGCCAUAUAAAUCAAGGCGCCACUUAAAGACAUUACACCUCAAUCACGCUGAUAAGCCACUGGAAAAGUUGCGCACUGCAAAAUGUGCUCAUCGUGGCCAUCAAUCCUGACUUCCUCAUUUUGAU